AUGGCGUUGGUGGUAAUUUGUGGGCAGCCAUGUAGUGGUAAGUCCACAGCUGCUACUAACUUGGCCGAAGCACUAAAACAAUCCGAUUCCUCCUCCAAAUUCAACGUCAAUACCAUUGACGAAGCCUCCUUCCACCUGGACCGCAAUCAAAACUAUGCCAACAUGCCAGCUGAGAAAAACCUGAGAGGAGUUCUCAGGUCUCAAGUCGACAGAUCCGUAUCAAAGGACAAAAUAGUCAUCGUCGAUUCAUUAAACAGCAUCAAGGGCUAUCGUUACGAGCUAUGGUGCUUGGCUCGUGCCACUGGGAUAAGAUACUGCGUGGUGUUCUGCAAUGCAGAGGAAACCCAAUGCCGGGAAUGGAACCAACAGCGCAGGAUCAAGGGAGAAGCUGCUUAUGAUGACGCCAUCUUUGACGACUUGGCAAGAAGGUUCGAGAGGCCAGAUCAAAAGAACCGGUGGGACUCUCCAUUGUUCGAGCUGUCGCCACUGAGCAACGGAAUCGAGUCAUAUUCUGAUGUUAUUUCAGAUGCUGUUUAUUACCUGACGAAAGAAGUGGAUUCCAAGACUCGGGAUGUAAGGAUCUUGCAGCCAACGAUAGCUACACAGAGUGCAAAGUUCUCUGAAGUGAACUCUCUGUACGAGUUGGACAGGGCCACACAAGAAGUGAUCAGUGUGAUUGUUGAGGCACAGUCUCGAGCGGCUGGUGGGCCUUUGAAUGGGAUCUCGAUUGGGCAGGGGCUGCCGAAUCUAGAUGUUUCGAGAUCUGUGGGGCUCCCUGAGCUUCGGAGGCUUAGGCGAACUUUCAUCAAAUUGACGGGGCAAACUAGCUUGAGUGGACGGCCACCUCCAUCGGAUUCAGAGAGUGCCAAAAGAAUGUUUGUGGAUUACUUGAACAGGGAGCUGGAUGCCACUGCUUGA